AUGUCCCACAGAGAAUCCCAAGAAGGGCUAUUGGAACUUGAGGAUCUCCAAAAAGGCCCAAAAUGUCCUCCUUACUCCGAAGAUGAACCUAUGAUGUCUAUCGAUGUAACAUUCCAGAUCUAUGAUGAAGAAAAAUUCAGCUCGGCUCCAACAAUUGCCUGUUUUGCCUUCAACGAGAAUUCAACUGUGGAAGAAGCUGCUGAAAGGGCCUUUCAAAAGGCUUUUAACUUUGCCCCGGCAGAAAUCUAUCUGUCCAUUGAAAAAAAAGAAACCCACCUGCUGCGGGCAAUUCUCGAUAAGGAAGUUAAACUCAAGCACCUCUUUAAAGAGGAUGAUAUCUUAGUACUUUCUGAUAACUGCGAGGGCUACAGAAAAAAACAGAACAGAGAAUGCUGUAUUGCUUUUUCUGUGUUCUUUGCCAUCAUAUUUGGGUUCUUCGGUCUCAUUGCCAUCAUUGCAACUGUCACAGAUUGA